ACGAAACGCUGACGUGUGAUUUGCAGACCUUUUGAUUUUUGACGCAAUUUCAGUCACACAAGAGGCCUUUUUUUUUCCCUAAAAUUUAUUCGCAAUUUUAUCCAUUUUUUGGGAUUCGCCGACAACUGCCAAAUCUCUGCAAUUCAAAGCUACCCUACCUGGAAUCCGUACAUUUCGGUAUCAGCAAGUUGUUGCAUAAGAACAUAAAGCUGUUUUCUUGUGCCUGCUGCACUCCAGUUUUUAAGCCUCAGAACUUGGGAUUGUUCAAAUGUCAGAAGGUGACAUGACUGUUAUUAAACCUGAGAUGAUGAAGUCUUACAUCUGGCUUCAGACUACCGACGGUUCAAUCCAACAAGUGGAACAAGAGGUUGCCAUGUAUUGCCCCAUGAUAUGCAAAGAAAAUAUACAGAAAGGGAUGGGAGCUUCCAAGAAUCAUGCAAUAUCUCUUCCUGAAAGAGUCAGUACUGCAAUGUUGAGCUUAAUUCUUGAUUACUGCAGGUUUCAUCAAGUACCAGGUCGCUCGAACAAGGAGUGCAAGGCUUUUGAUGAAAAAUACAUCCGAAUGGACACAAAGUUGCUCUGUGAGUUGACUACAGCUGCUGACAGCCUCCAAUUAAAACCAUUGGUGGAUCUUACUAGUCGUGCUCUUGCACGAAUAAUUGAAGGGAAAACACCUGAGGAGAUACGUGAAAUAUUUCAUCUCCCUGAUGAUCUUACAGAGGAAGUGAAGUUGGAGCCUUUGAAAAAUUCAACUGACGAUCCACGCAUCCGGCUUUUGAAUCGAUUAUAUGCAAGAAAGAGGAGGGAACUUCAGGAAAGAGAGAAAUUGAAGGUGACUUUGAAUGCCGAGCUUGAAGAAGAGCAAAACGAUGAACGUUCAGUUGAUGAUCUCUUGUCAUUCAUUAAUGGAGAAAUUGGAGAUUCCAAAGGGAUUAAAACUUCCAAGAACAAAAAGAAGAAUCGCAGGAGAAAAGAUCAGCAGAAAAGCACAUGUCUAUAUGAGGCUAAUGAGAUCCAUGAGGUGUCGAGCAAUCUUAACUUUGCUUGCCCCAGUGAUGAACUCAACAAAUUUACGCCUAGCUCUAGUUUGACAUUAAAGCUACAAGAUCUAAAGGAUGAUAGGGUGGAGGAUAUGAUUGGGUUUGAUGAUGGUGAUAUUGAUGAUGAGAUUGAUCCGGCAUUGAAGGAAAAAAUUGAUAGGGAGGUUGAAGAUUUUGCUCGGAGGUUAAAUUCAGACUGGCCUGAAAGGAUGCAAGAGAUCUUAUCUUUCGGUCAGGAAAGGAGGCCUGUACCAUUUUCCAUUAAUGGAAACGGUUAUUUGAGAAGAUAUGCUUGCUCCUCCUCAAACCGAAAGCCGAAAGGGUUAGCAUGAAGUACCAAACAAGACGAUGAACGAGCUACAAAAAUUCAGGUAAACCAUAGGCGUUAGCCGUUAGCCGGGAUUUUAAAAGAGAAGAAGACAUGUAUGUUAAUU